CAAACCUACUUUUGUCACCAACAUCUACUUCUGUCCUUGCACUUAAAGAAAAGAAAACCUCUUCUUGCAAUCAUUUUACAGUUGAUGAACUUCAGCUACAGUGCCUGAUUUUGGCUUUCUGGGUUGUUAAAUUCCUCCAUCUUCCUUCCAUUUUCUCUCAUACUUCACAACUACUUCUUCUAUUAUUAUGGUUAUACGUAUAAGUAGAGAAGAAACAAAAACAUACUUUUAUAUAUAAAGAUUAUAACAAGUUUGGCUUAAGUGGCUACGAAAAAUGAGUACUGCAAGAUUCAUCAAGUGUGUGACAGUCGGUGAUGGUGCUGUGGGAAAGACUUGCAUGCUCAUCUCCUACACUAGUAAUACGUUUCCAACGGACUAUGUUCCGACAGUGUUCGAUAAUUUCAGCGCUAAUGUGGUCGUAGAUGGAAGCACAGUGAAUCUUGGAUUAUGGGACACGGCUGGGCAAGAAGAUUACAACAGGCUGAGGCCACUGAGUUACAGAGGAGCUGAUGUGUUUUUGUUGGCGUUUUCUCUCAUUAGCAAGGCCAGUUAUGAGAACAUAUACAAAAAGUGGAUUCCUGAAUUAAAACAUUACGCUCCAAAUGUGCCGAUCGUGCUUGUAGGAACCAAACUUGAUUUGCGAGAAAACAAGCAGUACUUGAUUGAUCAUCCUGGAGCAACACCAAUAACAACAGCUCAGGGUGAGGAACUGAAGAAAAUGAUCGGCGCCGUAGUUUACAUAGAGUGCAGUUCCAAAACUCAACAGAACGUGAAGGCUGUGUUUGAUUCAGCAAUAAAGGUAGCUCUGCGACCACCAAAACCAAAAAAGAAAGCACCAAAGCAACAGAGAAAUUGCACUUUCUUGUAGAUGACAUGAUCAUUCUCUCUGCAACUUAAGAUUUACCAUAUGUAAGAGAGGACCUUAUGAGUUUUCCUUGUGUCUGUAAACAUGUUCAAUUUGUAUCCUUAUGUUAAUUAACGUUUUCAAUCAAAGAUUGAGCAGAGCAAAAGGGACAUAUAUUAAGAAACCUAAUGCAUGAAUGCUCUUCCCAUA